AGACCGAACGAAACUAAAAACGUCAAAAUUUUCGACGACGUCACGCGUCAAUCAAUUAAAUUUAUUAUUUUUAUUUUGUGUAUCAAAAAUAAUCUAAAGUAACAAAAAUACUUAGCGGGUUAAUCUAGAAUCAAGAUGUCCUGCCGCAAUGCUUCGCACGCUGGUAGCUGGUACACGGAAAAUGGUACGGAGCUAUCCCGUCAGCUGGACAUGUGGCUGGCGAAGGCGGACCUCACACACGGUCCGGCCAGGGCCAUCAUCGCUCCUCACGCGGGCUACUCUUACUGCGGGGCUUGCGCAGCCUUCGCCUACCGACAAGUCAGCCCCGUCGUCGUUAAGCGCAUCUUCAUCCUGGGCCCCUCCCACCACGUGCGGCUCGGCGGCUGCGCGCUCUCCCCGCUCGACAAGUACCGCACGCCGCUCUACGACCUCACCAUAGACAAGCAGAUUUACGCGGAGCUAGAAGCGACUCGCCAGUUCGAGUGGAUGGACGUGCAGACCGACGAGGAUGAACAUUCUAUAGAGAUGAUGCUGCCGUACAUAGCCAAGGUGAUGGAGGAAUACAAGUCUGGCUUCACCAUCAUUCCCAUCCUGGUGGGGUCGCUGACCAAUGAGAAACAGGCCAAAUACGGCUCAAUCCUAGCCCCCUACCUAGCGGACCCACAGAACCUGUUCGUGAUCUCGUCCGACUUCUGCCACUGGGGCGCGCGCUUCCGCUACCAGUGGCGGGACCAGCGCCCGCACAUACACCAGAGCAUCGAGUGGCUCGAUAAACAGGGCAUGAACAUAAUCGAGACAUUAGACCCGCGCGCGUUCUCCUCGUACCUGGACAAGUACAACAACACCAUCUGCGGGCGCCACCCCAUCGCCGUGCUGCUGCAGGCAGUGGAAAAGCUCCGCACUCAGCAGAAUGCGCCCAAGAUGUCGAUGAAGUUCCUCAAGUACGCUCAAUCAUCUCAGUGCGAGACCAUGCAGGACUCCUCCGUGUCCUACGCCAGCGCGUCGCUUGUCUUCGAGUAGACUGUCUACUGAGCUAGGCCUCUUCGAGUAGACUGUCUACUGAGCUAGGCCACUUCGAGUCGACUGUCUACUGAGCUAGGUUCCUUCGAGUAGACUGUCUACUUAGCUACGGCCGCUUAGAGUAGAACGUCUACUGAGCUAGGUCUCUUCGAGUAGACUUUCUACUGAGUAGACCGGACUACUCUUAGAUUUACGAUAUAAGUAGCAACGAGAUGGAGGGUCGUGCGAAAGAAAUGACUCUCUCAGUGACAUCCCAUAUUGUUCGUAUGUCGUUAAUAUAAGGGUCUACUGGCAUUAACGUAGCGUACGUCAGGUCGUCGUUUGUGUUCGAGUAGACAGUCUACUAAGCUAGGCCUCUUCGAGUAGACAGUCUACUGGUCAGAUCUUUUAAGUAGACUGGUCUACUGGCAUGUACAUAGCGUAUGCUAGCGCGUUGCCUCUCUUCGAGUAGACCGUCUACUGGUCUACUGGCCUGAUGUUUUGAGUAGACUGGUCUACUGGUCAGAUAUUUUAAAUAGACCGGUCUACUGGUUUGGAAUUUCUAUUGGACUGGUCUUUUGAGUAGACCGGUCUACUGGUAAGUUAGUCGAGUAAACUGGUCUACUGGCCUGGCCUUUUGAGUAGAGCGGUCUACUGGCUUAGUCUUUCAACAGGCACAGUUGUAUAUAACAUAGAGUUGUGUCUUUUUAGAAGACUGGAGCAGUUUACAUGCGUGAUCUAUUCAGUAGAUGCUCUUAUGAAGGGCUCGCACGGUGCACAAUUAAAACGUGACAAAAGUUCUCCGUCGCGCUCGCUCUUGAGGCUGCGUGGUGCAAAACAUUUGUCACGUCUUAAUUGCGCCCCGUGCUAGUCCUUCUGGUAUUCUUAAUAAGAGGGUAUUGUUCUCAGUUGGCAUGUGUUAUAUAAACCUUAACUGUAAGUUUUUAAUCAGUUUAAACUUAAAUAUGUUUUGUACGUACGUACAUGGAAUAGUUGAAAUAUUUUUUUUUACAAGUUAUUACAUCUGCCAUAGUGGUGAAUUUAAGUAAAUGUGUAAGCCUAACAAUUUGCAUUUAGAUGUGAUACCAAGAACUAUCUAUACAUAAAUGGUUGUCUGAUUUACAAAGGUUUUUUUCUUGUACCGGAAUGAAUUUGUUUCUUAACUUAAUAUACCUAUUUAAAUUGACAUUUUUAUGUUAUACAGUCUAGCUAUAUCUACACUUGUCCAAAAUUAAUAAUGCACAUGCAGAUCUUCACACCCGAAUCAUUAAAUCGUAAGAGCCUUAAAAAUAACACUUGCAUUUUGCACCUUGUUCGAAAGAAAUAGGAGUCAAUAUCAUGUGUCACAUAAUCGAAAACAACCGAUCUGUCAAAGAUUUCUAUGCGCAUUAUCCAUUUUGGAGCACUGUACCAACUUUGGAUUAAGAAAAUAACAUAAUGCUAUAUACCUACCUAAUGUCCAUAUUUAUUAACUUCUAGAGUAUAAAAUGGUAUGUGAUACAAAUAUGUACUAUAAUAUUUAGGUACCGUACCGUUAGGUAAUGUAAAAUAUGUCUAAGCUAUCGGACAAACUCAUAUUUUUUAGUUUUUCUAUCUCAUACGAUUUGUAUAACCUAAGCGAUUAUAAUCCGAAAGAAAUAAAGAGAAAGAAUCACACACACAAAACCUAUGGAUAUAACAUGUUGAAAAAAAAGUUCUAAAAAUGAUCAUAAUGGCGAUUUGUGACCACUUUCGGAAUAACAUACGCUUUUUGUAAUAAUGUGAAUAUCAUAUGGCCAUCGCACAAAAAGUAAACUCAAGUUGACUAUUUAUUAUUUUAGAUCGACUGAUAAAAUAUUUCAGGAUUUCCGAAUUGUCUGGUUUUAGUUAAACAGUUUGUAGCAUGUUUGUAACUCUCUUUACUAUUAACGAUUGGUCUCAAAAUGAGCAUUUAAUAAUGCUGAAUGGUGUUGUCAAUAAAUACUUUAGUUUAUUAGCA